ACAUGCGCUCGCGCACGCCUGCAAUAAAAUGAUCGUCCCGCCCUACCGCUGAGUCUCAGAUGCGAGCAUAUUUUGCUCCUCCUCUUGUUGACUUUCGCCCUUCCACCCCUCCUACAGCUACAGCCCCGCCUCCUCACUCCCCUCCAUCUUUUUGGAAAGCUGAGGCAAGCUUCCCGGUGUAUCUUCCUACUACCUGAAGAGCUCGUUUCAAUUCCCUCGGUGGCUGCUUAACUCAAUUGACAUUUUUGCACUAUUCAGUCUGAUACGAACCAUCGGUCUUUCGCUCUCAGAUACAUGGUGCAUCCAGCCGUCUCCCAACCAUCUUCACGUCUCCGUCCUCCCCGGUCUCUUUCGCGCGAGAAACCAUGCCCAAGCUGCCCUCGUUGGUUCCGGCGGCUGUCGCCCAGCCCCUAUCCCGCGGCACAGAGCUGGUGAGAGGUGCCGUCGGCAGCUUGACCUGGGGACCGGCUCUGACCGUGGCCAAGCCUACGAUCCUCUCCGUCUUCUCCAAGAUUGAGCGUGGCACCCUUCUUCUCGUCGACGAGCCGGCCGAGUUUAGGCAGGUGUUUGGUCAGAAGCUGGGCGCGAAGUACAACGAGAACCUCACCAACGGUGAAUACGUUUCUCGCCGCGCAGAUGCCAUCCCUAGGGUCGAGCUGGUUGUGAAGAGCGAGGCCUUUUGGAUGCGACUAUUCCUGUUCGCCGACAUGGGUUUUGCCGAGUCGUACAUGCUCGGUGAGAUUGAGUGCAAAGAUCUAACUGCUUUCUUCCAGCUCUUCAUCGUCAACCGUGAGGAAAUGGGCAACGGGACAACAUGGUUCUCGAGCUUGUCCACCGCCAUCUCGAGUCUGGCCCGAACCACCAACACCCUCUCGAACGCGCUCCUCAAUAUCUCGGCGCAUUACGACAUUAGCAACGAUAUGUUCGCCGCAUUCCUGUCCCCAGACAUGACUUAUUCGUGCCCCAUCUGGAAGAUGCACCCUGAUCCGAGCGAACCAGAAGAGACGUUGGAACAUGCACAAAUGACGAAGCUGCACCGCUUCAUCGACGGCGCUCGCAUAAAAUCAUCGGAUCAUGUGUUGGAAAUUGGCACUGGUUGGGGCUCCUUUGCCAUCGAGGCCGUCAAGAAAACCGGCUGCCGCGUGACGAGCCUAACGCUCUCCAAGGAACAAAAGGCCCUCGCAGAAGAGCGCAUAGAAGCUGCGGGCUUCUCUGAUCGCAUCGACGUCCGUUUGACGGACUACCGAGCUUUGGAAACACCUGAAAGACCUUUUGACAAGAUUGUGUCAAUCGAGAUGCUGGAAGCUGUCGGUCAGGAGUUCCUGGGAACGUACUUCGCUUGCAUGGACAGGUUGCUGAAGAAGGAUGGAGGUAUUGCCGUCUUUCAAUGCAUCACCAUGCCCGAAGGCCGCCACGAGGCGUACUCGAAGGGAGAAGAUUUCAUCAACCACUACAUCUUCCCUGGAGGAUAUCUCCCGUCGAUCACGCAGCUGCUGAACCACAUCAGCAAAGAGUCAAGAGGAACCCUAAUCGUCGACAAAGUCGAAAACAUCGGAGGGCAUUAUGCCAAGACAUUGAGGUUGUGGAAAGAGGAGUUUCUGAGGAACUUUGACUCGAAAAUUCGGCCAGCAUUGAACCGGGAACACGCCAACAUGGGAGAGGAAGAGAUGGAUGUAUUUAGGAGGAAAUGGGAGUAUUACUUCACCUACUGUGAGGCUGGAUUCUCAACAAAGACACUGGGUGACGUUAUUAUAACCGUGGGUCGAGAGGGCGCUCUCGAGUUGAUGGAGGGUAUUCCACUAUGAGAAGUGUUGGUUCAUGGCGGCAGCCGGGGCGAGAUCCAGUUACUGGCUUUAACUGGAUUUGACUACCAGGCUUUGACGGGGAGGGCCCUGAAGACGACCAUGAUUUUGGAAGAGGUGGUUUGCGAGGCUCGAGCCCUGUUGUUUGUGCGUAAUAGAGGCAUCAGCUCAUUUCUUUUUCUUGGUUUUCUUUGAUUUCGGCUUCGAUUUUGCCGAUGCGCCGGCGGAGCCUGGGAAGCGAUUUGCAUGAUCGACGUCAAAUCCGGAUUUGUGUUUUCUGAACAGGAGCAUCGUCACCCUCGCGUCUUCGAUACUCGAAUGGGCGCCGCCCUGGAUUGUGACACCGAGUAUCUCCUCCGCCAGUCUUCUCAAGGCUGGUUUCCUGCCAUUGCCAUACUGCCGGAACGCCGGGUAACUAGACGUGUCGCGGACAUCUUUGCCUGGGUGGCUCAACUUGAGCACGUCCAGAUCGUGCUUGAUGUCGUGACCGACUACUAUCCUGUCCUUCAACAACUUGGCGACGUCAGUCUGAACCUCGUCGAAAUCGCGGGCGAACCUCAUGUGCUUGGGAUGGAUUCCGCUGACGGCACUGCGCCAAUCCGUAACACGCUCCUGAGGCCGUACGUAUGAGUCGUACACUUGGCGGCCGUGAAAGUCGACUAUGCUCACGCGGGCCAGUACAGACUCGUGUCCUCCUUGUCCGACACCCACCAUCUCGCAGUCGAUGGCAACGUACUUGCCGACGUCGAGUCCUUCCGUUAGGCCAGCGUUGAUCUUGUCUUUUUCCAAAGUGAGCAUGGAGUUGUUCUUCACGCCAAGACCGUAGGCCUCGGCCAGGGCCUCAGGCGAGAUGUCAUUUUCUUCGGCCCAGAGGGCAAGGGACGGCGAGGAGCCGACCUUGGGUUCCACUUCCACCUUCGAGCUUUGCGUGACACCCAUGUGUUCUUUCUUUGCUUUGUCGUUCUUUUGAAUGAUCUUUACUGGCACUGAUUUGUUGUCGGACUUAAGUUUCGGUUUCUUCGACAGUCGCUGAUCUGAUAUGUCUGCCUUCCUCUUGAUGGGUCCAGAUGCUAUGGAGGAAGACGGGCUCGCCGCUUUGAGUUGGGCUUGAAGCUUCUUCCAAUUUGACGAUAGCUCCGGGGCCAUGUUCUCUGCAAUUUAUGAUGGUGUUGGAAACAGGUAAUUAGAUACCGUCAAAAUGAGAGACAAGUGCUUCCUCCUUCGCGUUUUUUGAGAUUUUAUGAAUAAGAAGUGCCCGAUGGUGAAGUCGGCAGUACAUAGAUUCCCAGUAAGAGAAAAUUAAAAAUGCGAUUAUCGAGGUAA